GAUUUCAAACACUGAUCCAGACGGCCAGGUACAGCAUCAGCAGGACGCAGCGGACUGUAUGCUAAUGACGUUGACCUCCACUAACUCACGAGUUGUCAGACGGUGUCGUGACGUAACGCGGAUGACGUUUCUGGGGCACGGGCAUCCCCGUCGGGCUGACAGACGUUAGCACUACUAGCAUCAGGAGAGCAGAAGACGUCUCCCAAACAUGGCUCUGAAUCGGAACCAUUCGCAGAACGGCGGCGUGUUGAUAAACAACGGAGAGAGUGUUUUAAGGGAAUGUAAGAAUGUGGAGCUGUCAUUCAGUGACGUCUCCUGCAAGACAGACCUGCUGAAGGGGACCAAGAAGGGCACCGUUUACCUCACACCAUACAGGUUGGUGUUUGUGUCCAGUAAUACCAAGGACUGCCUGGGUUCAGCUAUGUUCCCCUAUUAUCUGAUGAAAGGCUGCAGCAUUGAGCAGCCAGUCUUUGCAGCCAACUACAUUAAAGGGACAGUGUCAGCUGAGCCUGGUGGUGGCUGGGAGGGCCAGGCCCAUUUCAAGAUGUCAUUCAUCAGUGGAGGAGCAAUAGAGCUGGGACAGCAUCUCUUCAAACUCGCCACAAAUGCUUCUCGUGCUGCUCCUGCCCAAAACGGUGCUGCCUCUUACGGAUAUCCUUCACCUGGAAUGAUGAAUGGCUACGGCCCACCUCCAGCUGCUCCUCCCGCCUAUCCUUACCCAGCCCCUCCCCAGCAGAAUGGAUUCUACCCCCCUGCUGCUGGCAACAUGGGCUACCCCUGUCCAACAGCUGCUGCAGGAAUGUACCCAUCUGGUUUCGACUACAUGGCUCCACCUCCUCCCUACCCUGGGCCACCCCAAAACUGGGCUGCACCGCCCCAGAACUGGACGGCAAAAGCUCCGGCACCUCCAGGUAACUCCAAGGCGGCCGAAGCAGCAGGCAGUGCUUAUUAUGAUCCCAACAAUCCACACAAUGUCUACAUGCCCAUGGAGCGGCCUCCACCAUAUGCACCUUACCCAGACUCCCCUGACAAGAAACACAACUAAGGCUCAGGUGCCAUCACUUCAGUGACACUCCUCUCCCUCUUCCUCUGUAUCUUAAAUAUAUUGUAAAGCAGGGACUAAUGUUGAUGGAUACCUACUCGACUGUAGAACACAGAAAAGAAAAAGCAGGUAAUAGAGGGCUCAAAGAUGUCAGUGAUAACUCACUAAUUAAUUAAUCAAUCAUAUUUUGGAUAUUGGAAUAGCUCAUGAAGCAGUCACUUCUUUUGAAUACUAUUUUCCCCUUUUUUUCUUAAAUUUAUUUAAAGCGAUUUACAACUUGUAACUCUAGCUUUUCUGAGAUUCAUCAUUAUUAACAUUCUCAGUGAUGGGAUUUCUUUUGCUUUGUCUAAUACUCUAGCACGUAGUUAAAGGGACCUAAAUGGUCCUUGUUAAGAGAUGAAAGCAGGAAGAAGUGUUGGGAAUGUAUUUUUUAAGACAGAUUUAUUACCAAAACAUUUUGUAGCAAUUUUCUUGAUUGCAGUUCCUACACUUAUAAACAAUAGCAACGCCUAUUAUAAAAAAUAUUUUUGCAGUAUCAUUGCUGUUACCUUGUGUGUUUCCUAUACAGUAGUUCUGAGUAGCUGUCCAUAUACAAAAACAGACCUGGGUUAAAUAGCAUUUAGUCAUACAAUAUCUCAUUGAUUCUCAUACUAUGAUUAGAAGUUUCCUUCGUAUAUGAACAGUGUGAUCUUGUACUACAUCAGUAACAAUAUAUGACAGUCUAAGUAAUUCCAUUCAUUAUAUGGCCCAGCUCUCACAGUCUGAACCUCUCAGUUAUAAAAUAAAAUAUGUAAAGGAGGUUGUUAUGAAAUGGAGCAGUGAAUUGUUUGGGGAAAAAAAGGAGGGACUUUUUUUUUUUUUUUUUUACAUAACAAGUAUAUGCCUGUGCAAUAUUUCAACCUCACAUAACAAGGUUACAGUUGACAGGCUGGGGUUACCUGAAUGACCCCAGGCUUUACUUCUAGCUUCUGUUGUAUUCAUGUAUGCAAAGCCCAGCUGAAACCAGAACUCUACCCUUGGUAUAAUUACACUAGUGUGGGGUUACAGGGCCACAGCAUUACUUCAGGGGCAUGUCAGUGUUUGGCCUGCUGUUGAAACUUCUGAACGAAAACCAUUCCUUCCUGAUUUAAGAAGGAUGAGGAGCCAGCAGGCAGUGUAAUAACCCCCCUUCUCUCAUUGUGCUGUUCUGAAGGACUAUUUGCACACGGUUGUAGUGGAUACAGGAUCUUUGAAGGGCGUUGUUUUAGUUUGCUUGAAUUAAUCAAAUGUCUGUAUAUUAAUCUCGCUUUUGCAGUUCUUAUUCCUCUUGCUGAAUUUUGUCUGUCAAUUAAAUCUAAUAAAUGAGUCAGUUAUUGAA